AAUAAGACCUUUUAAGAUUCGUGUUACGGGGUACGUUCGUCAGCUCACUCCUUUCUGCCUGCUGACGCGGAGGAAGCAUCGCUGAAGGGUCUCCCUGCCGUCAUGUCUGAGUCCGAGUCUCCCAAGCAGCCGGAACAGCUGCGGAAGCUCUUCAUUGGAGGGCUGAGGCCCGAAACGACCGACCAGAGCCUGAGGAGCCAUUUUGAGCAAUGGGGAGCACUCACGGACUGCGUGGUCAUUAAAGAUCCAAACACCAAGCGAUCCAGGGGCUUUGGGUUCGUCACAUACGCCACCAUGGAGGAGGCGGAUGCCGCUAUGAACGCAAGACCACACAUGGUGGACGGAAGAGUUGUGGAACCUAAGAGAGCCGUGUCGAGAGAAGAAUCUCAGAGACUGGGUGCCCACUUAACUGUGAAAAAGAUCUUCGUUGGCCGUAUUAAAAAAGACACUGAAGAACAUCACCUGCGAGAUUAUUUUGAGCAGUAUGGAAAGAUUGCAAUGAUUGAGAUCAUGACUCACAGAGGCAGUGGAAAAAAGAGGGGGUUUGCUUUUGUCACUUUUGACGACCAAGACUCUGUGGACAAGGUGGUUAUUCAGAAAUACCAUACUGUGAAUGGCCACAACUGUGAAGUCACAAGAGCCCUGCCAAAGCAGGAGAUGGCUAGUGCUUCAUCCAGCCAGAGAGGUCAAAGUGGUUCAGGAAACUUUGGUGGUGGUCAUGGAGGCGGUUUUGGUGGCAAUGACAAUUUUGGUCAAGAGGGAAACUUCAGUGGUCAUGGUGGCUUCGAUGGCAGCUGUGGUAGUGGUGGAUAUGGUGGCAGUGGGUAUGGCUAUACUGGAUUUGUUAAUGAUGGAAGUAAUUUUGGAGGUAGUGGAAGCUACAAUGAUUUUGGCUUUUACAACAAUCAGUAUUCAAACUUUGGGCCAAUGAAAGAAGGAAACUUUGGGCCAAUGAAAGAAGGAAACUUUGGAGGCAGAAGUCCUGGCCCGUAUGGAGGUGGUGGCCAGUACUUUGCUAAGCCACCAAACCAAGGUGGCUGUGGUGGUUCCAGCAGCAGCAGCAGCAGCAGCAGCAGCAGCAGCAGCAGCAAUGACCAUGGCAGGAGGUUCUAAUUACAGCCAGGAAACAAAGCUCAGCAGGAGAGGAGAGCCAGAGAAUAGGCAAAAAAAACCUCCAGGACUGUAUUUGUGACUCAUUGUAAAACAGGUUAUUUUAGUUUCUGUUCUGUGGAAAGUGUCAAGCAUUCCAACAAAGGGUUUUACCGUAGACCUUUUUUUACCCACGCUCUUGAUUGCUAAAUAUAAAUAGUCUGGUGAUGACGCUGAAUAAAUGUCUUUUUUUUUUUUCUUUUUAAAUGUGCUGUGUAAAGUUAGUCUGCUCUGAAGCCGUCUUGGACAACUUCCCCAACAGUGCAAAGUUAGAAUUCGCUCAGGGUGGUGCCAAGUUCCAUUUGGGAUUUAUUUAUAAUUGCUUGGGUGGAGAAGUCAUUGUCUUCAAAAACCUUGGUGUAGUUAAACUGCUGCCAGUUACUGCUGUGACUUUAAUGAGUUUUACCAUUAAAAGGGUCAUCCAAGCAAAGUCAGUUUGGUUACAAUAAAAUGGUUGUGGCACACACACCCUAUGCAACAUCAAAAUUGAACGACGGUGUCAGAUAAAAUAACAGACGGGAAUGAAGCUUGUGGAUCAUCCGUUAUCUUGUGUAAUCAAUAAACAAUUUAACUCUCUUG